AUGGAAAACCACAAUCUAACAGUGGUGAAUGAAUUCAUUCUCAUGGGAAUCACGGAUAUUCCUGAGCUGCAGGCUUCAUUAUUUGCAUUGUUCCUCAUGACCUAUGUGAUCUCAGUGAUGGGCAAUUUGGGGAUAAUCAUCCUCACCAAGUUGGACUCCAGGCUGCAAAAUCCUAUGUACUUUUUUCUCAGGCACCUGGCACUCACUGAUCUUGGUUAUUCAACAGCUGUGGGACCCAAAAUGUUAGUAAAUUUUAUUGUGGAUAAGAAUACAAUAUCUUAUUAUUUUUGUGCAACACAGCUGGCUUUCUUUCUUGUGUUCAUUGGUAAUGAACUUUUUAUUCUCUCAGCAAUGUCAUUUGACCGCUAUGUGGCCAUCUGUAACCCUCUGCUAUAUAUGGUAAUCAUGUCAGAAAGGAUAUGUCAGGUGCUGGUGGCAAUCCCUUAUCUCUACUGCACAUUCAUUUCUCUCCUAGUCACCUUAAAGAUUUUUACUUUAUCCUUCUGUGGCUACAAUGUCAUUAGUCAUUUCUUCUGCGACUGUCUCCCUUUGUUACGUUUACUAUGCUCCAGUACUCAUGAGGUUGAAUUGAUAAUUUCAAUCUUUGCAGCUUUUGAUUUGAUUUCAUCUCUUCUGAUAGUUCUUGUGUCUUACCUGCUCAUCCUUGCAGCCAUUCUCAGGAUGAAUUCUGCUGAGGGCAGACACAAGGCUUUUUCCACCUGUGGAGCCCACCUGACGGUGGUCCUAGUGUUCUAUGGGACUUUGCUUUUCAUGUACGUGCAGCCCAAGUCUAGUCAAUCCUCUGACACUGAUAAAGUGGCCUCCAUAUUUUACACCCUGGUUAUCCCCAUGUUGAAUCCCUUAAUCUACAGUUUAAGAAACAAAGAUGUAAAAUAUGCUCUACAAAGAACAUGGAAAAACUUAUGUAAUAUUUUUCUUUAA